AAGCAGAAUGUAUUGGGAGACGAGAAAAGCCAGAUCUAAGAUACCAGUCCAGUUGAUUGCUGAACGUAGAUUAAUGAUGCGAGCUUCACCAAGGAAACUGUUGCAAGGGACAACAGGAGUAGUAUUCCUCAUGUUCUACACGACUCUUUUAAUUUUCUGGGACCAUCGAGAUUCGUCAAUGCCUAAUCCGCCGAGGGACCAAUUCAAGGCUCCCGGUGAGGAAGAACAUCCCCUGGGAUUUCAGGAGCGGGUACCUCGCUCCUUAUCGGAGUCCGAUUAUCCCGUGGAUGAACCAGGUUCAGAUAACCGUACUUCUAAUACAACUAUUAAUCAGGACUCGAACGCUAAUUCAGUCGCUGUGAACACAUUUCGUAAAAAGACGUCGAAUAAUGUCGAUCUUAAAGAUGUCUUCAUUUCAAUUAAAACAACCAAAAGUUUUCACCAGUCACGUCUAACCUGGAUACUUAAGACUUGGUUCGUACUAGCUAAAGAACAGACAUAUUUCUUCACCGAUGGUGAUGAUCCAGACUUUCAAUCUAAAACAGGUGGUCACCUCGUCAACACAAACUGUUCCUCGUCACAUAAUCGGAAAGCUUUGUGCUGCAAGAUGUCUGUUGAAUUCGACAGGUUCCUGGAGAGCCACAAGAAGUGGUUCUGCCACUUUGAUGACGACAACUACGUCAAUGUCCCUAGAUUGGUAAAAUUGCUCCAGAUGUACAACCCCCAGGAAGACUGGUAUCUAGGAAAACCCAGCAUCCGAGCACCGCUGGAGAUAUUAAAUCGUGACAACACACAGCAAAAAAUCGCCUUUUGGUUUGCUACUGGGGGCGCUGGCUUUUGUAUAAGUAAAGCCCUUGCUUUAAAAAUGAUGCCAAUUGCAAGUGGCGGAAAAUUCAUGAGCGUUUGUGAGAAAAUAAGACUGCCGGAUGACGUCACAAUGGGCUAUAUUAUCGAGCACGUUUUAAGGAAGAAACUGACCGUUGUGGAACAUUUUCAUUCUCAUCUAGAAACGAUGAAGUUCAUGAAGUCAAGCAGUUUUGCUGAUCAAAUAACCUUCAGUUAUUCGAAAUUUGGAAGUGAGAUGAACAUUUUAUCACUUGAAGGAUUUGACCCGAAAAUAGACCCAACAAGGUUUAUCUCACUUCACUGCCACUUAUUCCCAAGUUUCGAUUUUUGCCCACCGUGAAAUGACGUCAACCUAAUCAACUCAUCAUAAGAUAGUUUCAUUCAACUAGCUAGAGGGCGCUUCAACGGCAGGUGGCGCUAGUUGGCUUUGCGCAAUAAAUUGUGAAGGCGUAAAAAGGAUGCGAAAUGGUAUUCACAGAAGACAGUACAACAAAAAGAGACGCUGGAACUAGUUUUAAGGGAUGUCGUUUACUCAGCUUAGUUUCAUGAGGUUGCAGGAUCCAAAUGCAAUAUAAAUCAUUUGUGGUCAAGAAGCUAUUGGACAGUGACAAUAAGAAAAUAGUCAACAUGCUGCCGUUCUUCUUUGUUGGUGAAGGUCCUUAUGUCCAUUCUCCUGCGUGACACUUUCCAUCUUAUAUAUAUCCUUGCCAUUAUUUAUGCAGUUUUACAGUUCUAAUGUUUUUUUUUUUACAUGACAAGAAAUUACACUAUUUCGUAUAACUGACAUUCAAAGUUUAGCAUUUUCCCUCAAGUUAACCAUGAUUUCUUAUAACAUUUUAAAAGCUGAAACAAAUAAUAAUUUGUUUGUAUUUCAAUUGAUGUUUGAUCUUUGCAUAUAGAUACCAUAAACUUUCAAAUCAACUAGUACUUCAACCUAAAACCUAAUGUAAUAUAUAUAAUAAUAUUUUUAUACAAAGAAACUGUACUUUUGUUGUUUUUCUCCUUACGAGUAGAAAAAAACAAAAACAUUUUAGUGUAUUAUUUAUUAUUCAAAAAUAAAAAAAUUGCCAUGGUUUGAUAAAGAAAUUGAGGUUUUUCCAAGACAUGGACUAGCAAUAAAUGCUAACGAUCUUUCAGUAUAUACGUCCAUAAUUCAUGAGACAGAAUAUCUCUAACUUUAAAUCUUCCUAUCAGUACAUAUAAAUAGUACUGUGUUGUGUAUGUAUAUAUAUAGAUACAGUAUAUGCUUU